AUGGCUGAAGAUAAAGUCAACGGACAUUAUAAAGAAGAUUUGCCCCAUGGUUUUACGGUGGAAGAAAUUGAAAUACCUGUUCCAUGGGGUCAUGUUGCUGGCCGCUGGUGGGGGCCUCGAAAUAAGCAGCCGUUGAUCGCAAUACAUGGUUGGCAAGACAAUGCUGGAACUUGGGAUAACCUAAUACCACUUCUAUCCGCAAAUAUGUCAGUCCUUUGCAUCGAUCUGCCAGGCCACGGGCUUUCCUCGCAUUAUCCUACUGGCAUGCUAUACUACAUAUUUUGGGAUGGUGUUGUUCUAUUGCGCAGAAUAGUUAAACACUUUAAAUGGGAAAAAAUUAGCCUGAUGGGGCAUUCUUUAGGUGGUGCCUUAAGUUUUAUGUACGCUGCAUCCUUUCCAGAUGAAGUAGAUAGAAUAAUUUGCAUAGAUAUAGCAAGUCCAGCAGUACGACCUCCUGCACAUAUGGUUCAAAACACAGCCGGUAUGAUCGAAAAGAAUUUAGAAUACGAAAAUUUGCCGGAAGACAAAAUACCAUGUUAUGACUACAAGGAGAUGAUAGAUAUUGUAUGCUUUGCAUACAAAGGAUCAGUGUCCAGAGAAAACUGUGAAGUUUUAAUGAAGAGGGGCAUGGCUCCAACUCCUGCGCAUAUGAAGAAAAAAGGUUAUUACUUCAAAAGAGAUCCAAGAUUAAAAGUGGCCGGUCUGGGCAUGAUGUCCAUCGAAACGGCUUUAGAAUAUGCCGGCAAUGUCAAAUGCAAAGUUUUAAACAUUAGGGCAAUUCCAGGCCAGAAAUGGGAAAGGAUAGAUUAUUAUUUGGAAGUAAUAAAAAAAUUAAAGAAAACUGCAGAUGUAAGUUACGUAGAAGUGGAAGGUACACAUCACGUACAUUUGAACGCGCCUCAGAAUAUAGUCACUUAUAUAGAGGACUUUUUAGAAUUAUAU